AUGGGAAGCAACGGCAUCAUAACUUCGAUGACGGAGGUCUUUACUCCUCCAGCUGCAUGUGCGACGUCCUGGACAUACGAACCCGAGGGUGCAAACAACGUUGAUGGUGGCCUGAUAAUGCAAAAUGCGUACACACUCGUGUCCUCCUGUUUUCCCUCCGACUUUGACGGCAUAGGACGGAUGGAAGCGUCCCAAGUGUAUAGCCCAGGGUACUGUCCUGUAGGCUAUGCCUCUGCCGAUGUGGUUGUCGAUAAGGAGGUCACUACUGCAAUAUGCUGUCUCUCAGGCUUCGACUAUUACACUUCCAUCAUGACAUAUAGCAACGGCGGCUCAGAUACAUACGCGGGAUGCACAAGCACUUACCCCAAAGGCAACUCGACCAUUAUACCCGUUCGUCAGGAGACAACAUCAACGCAGAUUGUCGGGCCCGUCACCAUGUGGGCGCAGCCGAUAACCGUCGCGCUGGAGUCCAGCGACUCGAGUCUGUUCGUUCCCCCAACGACGUCUUCUACACCCUCUGUCGCCAGUGAAACCGCUGCUUCGAGUCCAACCACCGACCCGGGGAGAACCACAUCAGCGAACGAAACAGAUGCCUCUGCUACAGAGUCUUCGCAGCCUGGGAGUGAAGACACCCCGUCUGGGGGCGGACUUUCCACUGGCGCAGGGGUUGGUAUAGGAGUGGGGAUCGGGGUCGGUGGUCUAGCUGCCUUCGCCGCCGUGGGCCUUUGGUUCUGGCGCUCACGCAAGGCAAAGAAAACAGCAGCUGGGCUGGCAAUGGGCGGUAAUGCUACUGCUUACAACGGGCAUGGGCCAUACUACCAGGACCCGCGCGCAUGGCCGAAGAAAGUGAGUGAGGUAGACGGGUCAAGCAGUACCGGCAGGCACCAGGGUUCUCCCCACGAGCUAGCCGCCAUCCCCACCUUCGUCGCCCUCUUCUUCCUCCUCAACAUAUUCUACUUCUGGCACAAACACACGAGCAUCGUUCUUCCAAUCUCAGACCAGCGAUCGCAGCUCUGGCAGCGUCUACAUCCGCUGCUGGAGCGACACACGCCGCAAUGUCCCGUACCAACGCAACAUGACGGACCAGGCGUCGUGCGCUUCGACGCAAUCAACGAAUUUCCUCGACAGAAUUUCAUCACCAAUGCCAACGAACUGGAGCUGCCCAUGCGAGAGGCACAUGAUGGCUUCGUCAAGGACAUGCGCAGGCUCAAAACACCUCGUUCUUACAUCCCAGGGACGAAGGGCAUCGUCUCAUCCGCGGGAGGAACAUACCUACCCACAUUCGUCGUAACGCUGAAGCUGCUCCGACGGACAGGAACAACGCUCCCAAUCGAGCUCUUCCUGAAAGACCAGUCCGAGUACGAGCCGUACAUCUGCGACGUGAUCCUCCCGCCACUAAACGUGAGAUGCCUCGUCCUCUCCGACAUCAUGAAGCCUGAGCCAGACUCGAGCCAGAAAGAGAUCUCCGGCUUCCAGCUAAAGGCCUUCGCCAUGCUCUUCUCCUCCUUCGAGACCUUCCUCUGGCUCGACGCAGACUGCGUACCCCUCCACGACGCCGAACCCCUUCUCACCUCUCCCCCAUUCACAACCAGCGGCCUGGUAACCUGGCCCGAUUUCUUCGCCAACACCGCCGCCCCCGUCUACUUCAACAUAUCCCGCCAGCCUGACCCCCCCUCCACAGCACGACAAUCCUCAGAAACAGGCAUGAUCCUAUUUAACAAGAAGACCCACUUCCAGACUCUCCUGCUAUCAGCCUACUACAACUACCACGGGCCCGACUACUACUACCCGCUCCUCGACCAAGGCGCCCCAGGCGCAGGAGACAAGGAUACCUUCCUGCAAGCCGCAACAGCGCUCAACGCCCCAUUCUACGCCGUCAGCGAGAGCGUCAUCGACCUCGGCAACAUCACGCCGUGGAACGACCAGAUCGCCAUUAACGCGGGGUACAUCCAGGCGGAUCCCGUAGAGGACUACGCGCUCACCAGCGCGGGAAGAUACCGCGUCGCCGACCCAGCCGUUGCAAAGGCACCCCGCGCCUUCUUUAUCCACGCCGGCGCGCCGGAGUUCAACCCGGGGAAUGAGCUGAUGGGCGAGAAACUGCGUGGGUUCGACGGCCAUCCGACGCGGCUGUGGACGUAUCCGCAGAGUGCGAUGAGGCGGUUGGGAUUCGAUGCGGAGAGGAUGUUCUGGGAGGAGGUGAAGGGUGUUGCGUGUGAGCUUGAGGAUGUGUUUGAGUCGUGGCGGAGGAAGAGGAGGGUUUGUGAGAAGGUGAAGAGGCAUUGGGAGGCGGUGUUUGCGGAUGGGGUUGUUAGGCCGGAGGGGUUGGCGUUUACAGAUGAUGAUACCAGGGUUGAGGGGUUGAGGGUUUGA